CAUUCGAACACGCUCCCCGCGCAUUCAUCGACCUACGCCUCCCUCACGAUCACUGAGCCGCCGUCCGCCCUCUUAUCGUCGCGCUCCACUGCCCCUUCAAACCACAUCCAAUAAAGCCUCCUUCCUCGAGAGAACACGCCCAUUGGUGCUCAGACAUGGCCCGCCCGCAAGGAAACAAUCGAAGGCGGAACGCGGGGGCACCGCAGGCUCAUUCACUGGCUCCCAAUGACAUAGAAUCGAGGAGAGCAAAGGCACAGUUGACUCUGCAAUCGUACACGUUGCGGCCGCUAGACGACCGGCCGAUAAUUGCGGAAGCAACAGACGGCCACCGCCGUCGCAAUAUGGAGAAUUGGGUUUCGUACUUCACCAACGUGAUGCAAAUCGACCCGAACCAGAUCUGGCUCGACCUAUGCCUUGGGACUGAGGCGGCUAUAAACCAUUGCCGCUUAUACCUUGAUGCCUACGUUGUGGAUUCGGUGCAGAAGUUUGUGGUUCUCGGGCCAGAAGAGUACGAGUACAGGCGAACUGUGAACUCGGCCUCCACAGUCAUUCAAUGCUGGAGGGAGCUCAUCGCCCAGGCCGAUUCCACCGUUCUCCGGGAGAAAAGGCACGAGGAACCGCAGAAUGUCCUGCAGUGGCGACUCAAGUUCAUAGACCAUACGAAUCAACGCGGACAGGGUCCUGUUUUCGAGAUCUGCCAGUGGAUCUUCCAUACCCUCGCAAAGGAGUACGAACUUGCGACCACUCUCACGUUUGAGAAAAUCGAAGCUACCGCCGAAGACACCCUCGUCCUUCUCAAGACGGUGUGGCAGCGUUCAGAGGACAUACCCUGCAAUCGUAGCACCCGCAUCUCCUUCCAUGGCAUCCUCCUCCUAGCUGCCAUUGGGGGCUUCAGGAAGGCAACGAUAGCACGCGUUCUGUACAGGGACGUCUGCCUGGCCGUUGUGCGGGACCCCGACGACCGGUCAAAGACGAAGCUCGUCGUCACACCCACAAUUGGGAAGAACAAGCUGAAGCGGGCUUCGCGCGUCUCUAGAGCGCUUGAGAUAGCCUUCUCCAUGACACUUGUCCCGUACAGCCUCGUCUGUCUCGCUAGCAUCAUCGCCGCGCGAGCAAUCAAAGACGAUGCUUUCAAAGUGAGGUUCAAGUCUGUUAAGGAACUGCUCUCCCGCCCUUCCCUCGAAAACGUAGACUUCCUGCCGCUAGACUGGAAGGAGGAGAUGCUUGAUCGCCCUAUUCUCAAUCUUUCCAACGGUACUUUCUACGAUUUGUGGCACCGGACAUGCCUCGUCAGCGGGCUGCGUGGGGAUCCACGUUUCUACGUGAUGCGGGUCGGCGCCGGCGGAAGGCUCGACGGCAUUCUCACCGAUGCGCUGCGCAAUUACAUCCUUUCCAACACUACCCAGGUCUUCCAGGGAAGUUACCAGCCGAAACGGGUCCGCGAGGAUCUCAUGAAGUUUGCCUUUGGGCCCAUGGCCGGGUGCAAUGACGCCCUCUUCCAGAGCCUCCGCAGCAUGUCCCUAAGCCGGGACGCAGGCGCUCCUGUGGACGUAAGUGCAGAGGACUUGGAGAAGUUUGAGAAGCGUCGCGACAUGCAGGGCCUCCGCGCCAAGCUCGUGGAAGCACGAGAGAAGGGCAAAAAGGAGAUUCGUUCGGCCAAAGCGCAGAUCGAGAAUCUCAUCGAGACCCUAUCGCAUCUGAAACUGCAAGAGAAGAGGACAGCGUAUUUCGAACACGUAGAUACCCUGAGGGCCCAAGGAUUAUCCACCGCGGCCUCUUCGGAGAAAACGUGUAGCAGCGGCGCGCCAUCUGCUGUUGCACAGUUCUUACAAAGCUGUACCCUGGAGCUUGAGGAAGGCUGUUCGGUGGAGCAACGCGCACAGUACUACAUGGAGCUUCUGGUCGAUUACAUGGCUCAUCGACCGUCGCGCCCACGGCUAGGGCCUGGCGCUCCAAAGUUCGCAGUCGAAGGUUGUGGCGACGCGGCAGAGCCUGCCUACGACGAGAGCGCCGACCUCAACCGCACAAGUACAAAGCAGUCCAGGUGCUUUCUCUGCAACGCCACCUUCCGCGGCCGGAGCGAGCUCACCAAGCACUGCCGGAAGACCCACGUCAAGGACGGAACGUUCGAUCGGCCUUUCUCAUGCCCCGAAUGUUUCCGCCUAGGAAUAGGCGACAUCACGAUCACCGGAGGCCCGUCAGCUUGGAGCAGCCACGCCGAAGCAUCCCACGGCAAGAUGCACACGCCAAACCUUCCAUCGAUCUCUCAACCAGUGAAGGGUUCCGAGCUCUGUCUGCUCUGCCAGUGCUUCUUCGAUCGCGGGGGUGGCCUUUGGAGACAUAUACGUCGAAUCCAUGACCAGAACGAAAAGAAGUUCGCGCAGCCGUUCAAGUGCCCCGAAUGCCUCCUUCAAGGAAAGGGCAAUGCUUCCAUCGGCGAUUUCGAAGACUGGAAGAAUCACGUCCUUUCAGAACACACAGAGAUGGAAGGGCUCCAGCCUCUGUCCAGCCGACCAUGUUCACCUCCUGAUGCCUGUUUCGAUGAUGGAAGUCGCCAAGGAAGCAAUGGAGGCAAGCGCAAGCGCAAGAGGGACGAAGCCGACGCCGACCCUACGGUCGAUGGUGCUAGCGGCGAUUGGCAAGAGAACACCGAAGCCGCAUCAGACACGACCUGCACUACACCAGGGACGGCCACCGACUCCAUGUCCAGCACCCAAAUUCUAGCCUCUUCAGUAGACCUAGAAAACAUUCGGAAUAUCGACCCUCGUCUACUACCAGACCACUUGAGUCAAGGCUUUAAAAAGGUAAAGAGCAGCCUUUUCGACGAUCCUGAGGCUGGCAACAGCGAGCGACGCGUGUCGCCCUGGGAAACGGAGCCAGGCCCGAUUGUGCUCAGCGGAUCAGGCGCCGAACUGGUAGACCUGGAAGGCGACUGUGUCUCGGCCGCAGAUCCACAGCCAGAGGAUCAUGGUCUAUCCUAUCCUAGAUUAUUAGACGCUGAACUGCAUGAGCCAAUGACCGCAGACCGCUUCCACCCGCAAGGGCAAGAGGUUACAGAAAUCCUCGAGAGUCCGCCAUCAGAGGAAUCCACGACCUCGGCGUUCGCGGAGAUUGAUCCCGGAGACAGCCAUCCACACGGAAUGAGUCCCGAGGGCCUUUCCCCUACCUACCUCCCUGACGAUGACGACGUCCGACAAAUUCGCCUGGCCAAGCUCAGUCAAUAUCCGGUCGAGGAAGAGCAGGAGAUAGGUGCUAGCCCGACUUCAGCGCCGACGCUAUAUCCUGAAGGUCUAAGCAACGCAGCCAAGCUUUACUGGGGUAGAGGUUAUGCUCUCGUUCCAGAGGGGUGCGAGCUCAGUCGAACCGCGAAUAAUGCGCAGAGACGUGAGGAGAUAAGCAGCAAUAUCAGCUCACAGUAUGUUAUCACGGGCAAAAGGUUGAGGACCUCGGUUAGGAAUUGCGCGUAGGUGCAGGCUGGUAAUGCCGUCAAAGAGGGGUUCCAAGACUGCUCCUCGGUGAUCUUCCAAGCAAACGCUUCUGCGCGUCAUUAAGUGCUUGUAUUGAAGACAGGGCUGGCGAGAAUUGCGCGGGUGAAAUUGCGGAUCACCAUGGAUUCGAGGAUGCGGAAGCGCUCUUUCCGACCUGAGAGGCCGAGCAUUCGCACAGCGCACCCAGGUAAG